AUGACUGUGAGGCUGAUCUCAGGUGCCACAUUCACAUCCAAAUGGUGCUCCUUUGCCAACGAUUUGGCAGAUCCAGACCUAUGGAAGCGCACUGUGGCGCACCAGGCCUUGCAAAGGCUCUUUAUGGAGGCGCAUCGGAAGAUUGAGGACUUGCAAAAGUCAUUUGCGGACCUUGACGUCGAAGAUGUUGGAAGGGACCUGGUGGCUGCAGAUCUUCAGGUCAUCGCUUUGGAAGAGCUCAUGAAAACAUCUCCGAGUCCUGAACGUGAGGACGUGCCGCUCUGCGAGGAACGACGGACCUGGAGUGGAAGGACCAAGAAAGCUUUACCACCUGCCCCUCCCUUGGGCCCAAUGCCAAAUGGCAGCUUUCGUUCGACAGUGGAUUCCUGGAACCGAGAGCGCGACCAGCGGCGUAUCGAAAAGAAACUAGGUUUACCAGAAGAAGGUGAUGACACAACCAUCUUCGUCAAUGAGAAAGAUACAUCCGCGGUAAUCGCAAUUGGCUACCGCCGGGUACUAUAUGGCGAUCAUGGGCCUUAUGUGGAGUUUACCAAGCACCAGAUUCACUGGGAGGCGUUUCCAGUGGUGCUGCCGAACAAGCCUUCGCAUGCCUAUUACGACGAGCGCUUUACACAAGACAACCAUGUCAAGGCAUAUGAGCAGCGAAAAACGGUGCGUGAUAAGGCAAACCCACCGCCUGGUGAAUGGUCAGCCAACAACGAUCGGUAUAAUACUGGCUAUGCUGACUAUCAGCCCGGAUAUAUCUACAUCUCUGCCGAUUGUGUCCGGGUGACAGAUGUCCCCAACCGACCCUUGCGACCAAGGCCUCCCGCCUCCAGCGUACUGAAGGCCAAGGCCAAGGUGAAGCCAAGGCCACCACAAUCCGUCAAACAGGCGAGAAAGGCCAAGGCCAAGAAACUUCCCGUGAAGCCGGUGGUUUCACCAACGAAGCCAACGAAGUUCCUUCAGGUGAAGCCACUUUGGAGCCUGCGCUUUCAAUCGCCCAAGCCAAGCAUUCGACGGAAAGACGUAGAGAUGCAGCCAACCUUUGAAAAGAAGUGGAAGAUGGGAAGCAGAGAGCAUAUCCAGGUCUUGAACCGGACCAACCCAACCAAAUGUGUACAAAAACCUCGCACCAGCCGGGCAGAAGCAAAGCGCAAGCGCUCUAGUGCCACUGCCCAGGUGCAACGGUGCAACGAUUUGCAGAAAAGCUUCUUCUUCAGCCCAGAUGAAUCCCAAGGUGGUUGCCAGGGUCCGGAGUUUCACUUCGGAGAACGAGAGCUGCAGUGGAGGCAUAUUCAGACCUCGCUGACGAUUUGCACCUGCACUGGCAUCGGCUUGUGCUGGCAGAGCUUGGGUUGUGUCGUGAUGUCGGCUCCACAGUGCCUCAUGUUUGACCUCGCAGGCAUUGUGGCUCAAGCUUGUUUGCUCGGUGCGCUUCCUUCCUUUGCAUCCUUUGUCCCAAUGAUCGGUGCCACUGUUGGAAGCACCGCUGCAGGUUCUGGCGCCGGCACCACCUUUGUCGUUCCUCCCCCCUCGGGACAUGCUCGACUUCUUCGUGGUGCAGCUGGCGCUGAAACCGGCCGUAGCGGCAUGGCUGGUUUGGCAGGAACCGCAGCGUUCGCCAGUCUCGCAAGUGUUGCAAUGGUGGCAGCUGGAAGGAAAUCAGCCACCAGCUGCAAUGCAGCUGCUGUGAAGAAGAAGGGCGUCAAGGUGGUGCAUGGCAAGGAGAUUCCAUGGAACCUCUUUUCCCCUAAGGCUCCUUACCAGGGCAAGGUCGUUGCCAAUGACUUUCACCCACAAACCUUGACAGAGCCCACUGGAGAUGCCAACUGGGAAACCACUCAUGUGACCUUCGACCAUGGAGGCAAGGUCCCUUACAUUGAGGGCCAGUCCAUUGGAGUCAUCGCACCUGGCCCCGACAAGAAGGGCGAGCAGCCAGCGAAGAUCCGGCUCUACUCCAUUGCCUCUUCGGCAGUGGGUGAUGAUCAGAGCUCCAAGACGGUUUCUCUGUGUGUGAAGCGUGUAGUGGAGCUGGAUGGCAAGUUCAGCAACCGAGCCAAGGGAGAGGACAAGCCUGACAAGGCUGGAACUGCUUUCCCGGAGAAUGAGGUCUACCGUGGUGUUUGCUCCAACCACAUUUGCGACAUGAGCGUUGGAGAUGACGUGCUGAUCACCGGUCCCACAGGAGCCGAGAUGCUGCUGCCGACAGAUCCGGAAGCUAACAUCAUCAUGUUGGCCACUGGCACUGGCAUAGCACCCAUGCGCUCCUAUUUGAGGCUGCUCUUCCAUGACAAGGCUGGAGCUGAUGGGGACGGCCGCAAGUUCAAGGGCCUGGCAUGGCUCUUCAUGGGCGUGCCAUACUCCAAAUCUUUGCUGUAUGAUGAUGAGCACCAGACCUACAAGAAGGAAUUCCCAGAUCAGUUCCGCUACGACUACGCCGUGAGCCGUGAGGACAAGAAUGCGGCAGGACAGAAGAUGUACAUCCAGACCAAGAUGGCCGAGUAUGCCGAAGAACUCUGGGAGUUGAUGCAGGAUGAGAAGACCCACGUCUACAUGUGCGGCUUGAAAGGUAUGGAGAGCGGCAUGGCAGAAUGCUUCGGGCCCAUCGCUGAGAAGAACGGCAUCGUUUGGACGGAGUUUGCCAAGGCCAUGAAGAAGGCUGACCGCUACCAUGUCGAGGCACCAGAUUUUCACUUUCGUGCCAUGGGGAGUGCGUGGACAGGCCGUUGUGCCUUUCUCUACCGCAAUGAGCCGGAGGAUCUCCAGGUUAUCCAUUGGAAGCACUCACGAAGUGAUGAGUACGAUGCCUGCUAUAGAUUAGCAUGCAAGGAGUUCUGCUCGAUGCAUUGGUGCUUGGCCAAAACAGUGGCAGCUGUGCUUUGGGGCUUCACGGUUCUGCUUAUCCUAGCGGCGCUUCUUUGUUGUACAACAGUAGGCUACAAGAUGGGCGAGCAAAGGGCAGCCUAUCGACAUCGGGAACUAGGUAAAAGCGCUAGCAGAAUCGAGAGCAAGAGCAGCGCAGAGAGCAAGAGAAGCUCCGAGAGCAGAAUGCAGGCCAAGAGCACCAGCAUCGUACAGACGGCGGUGAUUUGA